AUGCAUGUGAGAUCUGCUACACUUGACACAUGGCUUCCUGAACAGGUUGCAUUUAUUCACUCUAUGGGAAAUGAAAAGGCAAACAGCUACUGGGAAGCAGAGCUUCCUCCGAAUUAUGAUAGAGUUGGGAUUGAGAAUUUCAUUCGUGCAAAGUAUGAAGAUAAGAGAUGGGUAUCAAAGGAUGGGAAUCUGAAGUCACCUCCUAGGAGAACUGAAGAAAUAGUUUCUGUCCAGAGGCAACGACCUAGUGAUAGAAGUGGGCACGGACAUUUCAGCAGUACUGGCAACUCUUCUGAGAGGAAGAAUGUUCCAGCACCUAGUACAAGACAAAGCAUUCCUGCUGUCAGAAUGAGUGUGCCUGUGCCUCCUAAAGCUGCAGAACAAGUAGCUCCAGUUCCAGCUACAGUUACCGUGCAAGUGGUUCAGAAAGUAGAGACGGCUCCACCUGCUGAACCAUCAAAGCUGGUAGAAGAGAAGAUCUCUUCUCCCAAAAUUGAUUAUGCAACUGAUCUUUUCGACAUGCUUUCUAUGGAUGGUUCUGGUGAAAAUACUACUGGAGCUUCAGGGGAUGAUGAUAUGUGGGCAGGAUUUCAAUCUGCUGAUGUGUCAUCUUCAACAGAAAAGACCAUUCCAGCAAAACUUGAUGAAAGCAAAUCACAGGCGGCUUCUAAAAUGGAAGACCUUUUCAAGGAUUCACCAUCAAUUGCACCUAGUUCAACGCCAGUGAAUUCCCAAAAAACUGUUAAACAUGAUAUUAUGUCUCUUUUUGAGAAGACCAAUAUUGUUUCUCCAUUCACUGCUCACCAACAACAACUUGCUAUGCUAGCUCAACAACAGUCGCUGUUAAUUGCUGCUGCAUCUAAUGCUUCUGGGGCAAUGCCAAAAGCUUCUAACAACAAGGAAAUAGGGCUUAAUAGCACCAAUUUGCCCAACCAAAGUUGGCCAAAUGUUGGUUACCAGUUCCCUGGAAUGAUUAUGACAGAAGCUCAGAAAGCUGAAGUAGUGAAGUAUAUGCAGAUGGGAAACAUACCCCCCAAACCCAAAUUUGGGAAAAUUUUUUUUCCUCUCCCAACGUCUAGGUAUGCUAAACUUCUUGAAAUAUUCAGUCGACUUAUUUUUGGGGGAACUUGGUUUGGAUGA